CCAAUAAUACGCCCAGUUUCCCUCUUUUGUAGGUAUAUCGGCCACCUCUUUUGUGUGGACUGUCUUUUACAAAUCACCAAGCUGUUACGUCUUCUCGCGAUUACUCAGUAUUCAAAGUUGUCUAUCUGGUCUACCCUCUUGACCACCAAACGUCACAUGUCUGCUCGGAAACCCGAUAGCGAAUGGAAGAAGAUCCUUACGCCAGAGCAAUACGCAGUUGCUCGUGAAAAAGAAACAGAACCGGUUCGUUUUUUUACGCUUGGGGAACUUAUAAAUUUCAGCCCUUCACAGGUGCCUUUCAUGACCACAAAGAGCCUGGCGAUUACGUGUGUUGCUGCUGUGGUGCCAAGCUUUUCAGGCCAAUGCAAAGCAAUAUCAUUUUCUUGUUUCAGUUCAUCUGCGAAGUUUGACAGUGGAUGUGGUUGGCCCUCAUUUUAUGAGGCGGCUGGUGCCAAGGGACGGGAUGAAACGGGGAGCAACAUCGCACGAAUGGAUGAUGAUUCUCUUGGAAUGAACCGUAUCGAAGUGCUGUGCAAAGAAUGUGAUGCACACCUCGGUCACGUGUUUGAGGACGGACCAAAACCUACCGGACUUCGAUACUGCAUUAAUAGUGCGUCGUUGAACUUCAAGAAGAAAGAACAAUCGUAAUUUUCGAUAUCCUCAAUGCGACGAGUUUUUAUUUAUUAUCUUUUUUGCUAUCUUCAAUCUGAAAUUAGGAAAUAAACUAAUAUACAAU